GUCAGCAGAGCCCCGCCCUCGACCGCUCUUGGCCUGGACGGCGCUGCUCGGGCUUCCCCCGUCCCCCAGAGCGGCAUGGGCUGCUCCAACGGCCUCUCGCCUCGGCUCCCGAGAUGGUGCUCCUGAGCGCGCUGGGCCCGGGGGUGGCGCGGCUCCUCUUCUACCCGACGCUUCUGUACACGCUCGUGCGGGAGCGGCUGCCCGGAUCGCAGCGGCCCUGGUUCAGCCGCAUCGACCGCACCGUGCUCCUAGGAGCGCUGCCUCUGCGGGGAAAGAGCCGCCAGCUGGUAGAAGAGGAGAAUGUGCGAGGCAUAGUAACCAUGAAUGAAGAAUAUGAGACUCGCUUCCUCUGCUGCUCUCCUCAGGAGUGGGAGGCAAUGGGUGUAGAAUGCCUGCGCCUUAGCACAGUGGACCUAACUGGAGUCCCCUCACUGGAAAACCUACACAAAGGCGUCCAGUUUGUACUGAAGCAUCGUGAACGUGGAAAUAGUGUUUAUGUUCAUUGCAAAGCUGGCCGCUUUCGCAGUGCCACUAUGGUUGCAGCAUAUUUAAUUCAGUUGCACCAGUGGACCCCUCAAGAAGCAAUAGAAGCCAUUGGUCAGAUCCGGCCUCAUAUUAUCAUCCGCCAGAAACAGGUAGAGUUACUAGAGGACUUCCAUAGGAGUGUAAUUGGUGGAACUACUGCAGGACAGCAAGAACCACCAAAGACAGAGUAAGGCCUGGCAGGUGGACAGAAAAGCUCACUGGGGAUACAGCAAGGAGACCAAAAGCCACCACUGGAUACACAGGAUUCCACUAGGAAAUCAUCUGAUUACUAAUGUAUUGUUAAUUAGGAACAGGCUGUGAUUAUCUUUUCUACCAAUAAAUAAUCUUUGCACAGUGUUAGAACAA